GCGCUUUUAACUUCUACAGUCAGAAGCAGUAGAAUAGCUGAGAUCUCGUUGGUUUUUCACUGCUGGAUUACGGAAAGACUUUAAAUACAUUGUUGGUCAAGGGGUCUUUAAUUUAUGUCUAUCUAUGACCAAUCAUCUGUGGUAUCAACAGAAAACAUUCAAUAACCAAAGUCAAACAACAUCAAUUUAAGAUUUGUCUUCUUCCGAAACUUAUUUUUCACUAAAGUAUUUAAUCCAAAAGAUGUGGACUAAAGCUGUGACUGAACAUUAGUGCAUUGAUACAUUGGAACUCGAAAGUAGUUAAAAUGAACCGAAAUUUUGCGUCGUCAUACGCUGUGUAAUAAAACUUUUUAAAAAUGAAACAUGAUAUAACUACUGUGUUGAAAAAUCCAUUGAUUGCGUAUUAUAAAACAUUUGACCCCGAAAAUAUAGCACAGUUUGCAGCUAUUGCUCCAGCCCCGUCCAAAGAUUUUUACCAUCUAUUAAUAACAUCAACUAAAUUCAAAUUGAGAUGGUGGAGGAUUACAUCAAGAAAUGAUGGAGCAAAGUUUCAUCCAGGUGAAAGUAUAGCAACCUAUGAGGAAUUCGAACAAGACGAUCGUAUGCAUAAUGAAAUACUCAGGGUUAUGGGCCAUAAAACACUGGACUACUGUCUGAACAUAUGUGCUGGGAAGUUGGAUUAUUUGGUCAGAAUACCGAACGAAAUUUUAGUAAAGAUAAUUUUUUAUCUAAAUUUGGAAGAUGUGAUUAAUUUAGGGACCACAUCAAAAUACUUUCAUGAGAUAUGUAAUAGUGAUUCAUUAUGGCGUGAGAUCUAUGUUAAUACAACACUAAGUCAGCCAAGUAGACCUUUUGAAGAGUUAGCAAAACUAUUCGGAUGGAAAAAGCUUCUGUUCACGAGCAAAUUACACCUUCAGAUGCAGUUACGUCGUUUAACCUUGGAAGAAAGUGACGACAAUGAAAAUAUACGAACCAAUGUUUAUCAUGAUCCUGGAUUGUAUUUAGGUGUGUGUUAAAUCGUUAAUUAUGGACCCUGUUAAAAAACCUCACAACCUAAAUAGCUGUAAGACAAUCUAAGCUAUUCUCCACCUUUCACCGGAAUUCGAUAUGAUAAUGUAUGGUUUCCAAUGGGGCUGAUGAAUCGUUU